CUGUUGCUUAACCUAUACAAGGAAGCUGAUUGGGUCUUUCCAUUCAUUUAGACUCUCCUUAUCCUGUCCUGAGGCUUGUUAGAAAAUAAUCCUCUUGGAUUGACCAUCUCUUAGGAGAAAAACAUCACAUUAGUGAUGAGCACAGGCAGAAUACUCAAAACUGAAGCUUUAUUCUGGAUGUCGGAUGUGGACAAUGUGACUGGGGGCCAGUCCCGGGACCUGGCCCUGCAGCCUGCCUGGGACUAUCUCCUUCAAAACCACCACGACCUCCUGAGGAGCCCUCUCUUCCCUGUGAUCCUUUCUGUCACUACCUAUUUCUUCCUGGUUGCUCUUUACACCAUGCUGGACCUGCUGGCUCCCACCUGGCCCUGCAUCAACAGCUACAGGCUCCACCCUGACAAACCUGUCACCUGGCCUAACAUCUGGACUACCCUGGGUGUCACCAUCUACAACCACCUGCUUUACAUCUUCCCUGCUGCAGUCACCCAGUGGCUUUGGAGGCUGCCCACCCCGCUGCCCCGUGAAGCACCCACUCUCUGGAGCUUCUUCCUGGGCAUCCUGGGCUGCAUGGUGGUCUUUGACUUCCAGUAUUACAUCUGGCACCUGCUACACCACCGGGUUCCCUGGUUGUACCGGACCUUCCAUGCCGUGCACCACCAGUACAACCAGCCUUUCAGUCUGGUCACCCAGUACCUGUCUGGCUGGGAGCUGUUCAGUGUAGGAUUCUGGGCUACAGUAGACCCCAUCCUGCUUCAGUGCCACUGCCUCACAACGUGGGGCUUCAUGGUCUUCAGCAUCUACGUUUCCACCGAGGACCACUGUGGCUACGACUUCCCGUGGUCUAUGCACAACCUGGUGCCCUUUGGCCUCUGGGGUGGGACACCCAAGCAUGAUGCUCACCACCAGCGGCCCGGCACCAACUUCGCCCCAUUCUUCUCUCACUGGGACUGGCUGGCGGGCACCCACAUGGUGCCAAAUCCCUCCGACCACACUGCAGGGGGAGAGACAGACGAGAUGCAAGGAAAACAAGGCUAAAGGACUUGAAUAAAUCUUUCACUGACUCUGUCUCCUUUUACUCACACUGUCUCUGUUGUACCUGCUCUCAUUCCAACAUAUCUGUUUUUCUUUCUGCUCACCUGCAGACCACUUUCUGUCUUUCCUUUCUCUCAGACACGAUUUCAGUGACUCACCCUAUUUUGAUACCGUCCACUGCUCUCUAACAGAACAUGGAUAUUCUUCACAGUUUAGGAGCUGAUUGUCACUAACAUUUCUUGACCCUCUGGUAAGUUGUUGAAAGGAACUGAUGACAGUAUACUGUAGCUUCUCAUGUGCACUAUGUACAUUCAUCUCAUUCAUAGAGAUUUCCCAUUUAUUUGAAAGUGUGAAUGUACUGUUAGUUUGUCUUCACUGUGUUCUCAGGUCAGCUUCCAUACAAGUGUAACAAGUUUUUGAGCUACCUUGCAAAGUAAAAGUAAAAAAUAAUCCCCUUAAGGCUUGUUUUAUGUUUCACUAUAGCUCUUGUUGACCCUAAGGCGGUGUGAUCGGUCAGAGUGAUUACACACGUUAGCACGUACAUUUUUCCCUCUCUCCCUCCUCAGCAUUGCCCCUCUCACUCACAUGCAUGAAUGGCAGUCUUUUAGCUGCAUCCCAGUAUUAUGCGUGAACGCAAUACUAAUCUAUGAUCCUCUCUUUGAGACAAAAUGUUCCUACUGGCGGAGGUCUUAGUUCAACCCCCAAAACAAGAAUGUCAUAUACAUGUUUGUCUUCAGCUGGGAAAAGAAAUAUUUUGAGGAUAUUUGCAUAUUCACAGCAGCUGGUGUUAUGGUACUUUACUAUGUGGGACAAAUAGAGGUUACUGCGAGAACCGACACAUUUUCCCCACUGGUUUUACUCUUUUUGAAAAAACUGCAACAUGUGGUUGUAUUGAGUCAGAAUUUUCUAAGAUAUGUGGUCGGUCAAAUAAAAGAAUCUAAUGUACAGAAGCUUCAGUUUUACUGAAUGAUGUUACUUCAACUUCAGCAAAUACACCAGCAGAUGUCACUUGUGUCCCAACAAGGCUGCAAACCUGUCAAACCAAAAGCUUAUCUUUGACAGAUUAAACCCUAAAGGAUAAAAAGACACCCACUUUCCAACUGUAUAGUAGCAUUUGUAUUGAUAUCAGCGAGCGAUACUGCUGUUACGAAUCUGCUUCCCUGUGGCUCUGGUCCCUUUGUUGUUACUCACAGAGUAACUAGACAUGCAGUUAGAACUGGUUUGGCCUGUUUCUGGUUCACAUGGGAAUUGACUGAUACGACAAGUCAUGUUUAUUUUAGAAACACUGACUGAACAAGCCGUAAGCACAAGUGUCUGCCUGCCUUUGUUUAAAUAACUGAA